GAAUAGCGUCGCCUACUUGGUACCUGAAAGUUUGCGUACCGGAUUUUGUUAGCGUGCGAGACAUUAAUAUAAUCUCUACUUAAUGAUAUCACACUACGAAAGACUUGCGUGGCUAUAGUACUUGUGAAGCAGUUUGAUCUGACUGAUUAUUCUCUAUUGCUCUCUUUGGUAAGCAUGCAUGGCAGUACUUAUUGCCGUUGGCAUAUAUACCGGGAAACAUGGCCAAGGAAGAUACCAAUGGAAUGUUCCCCUAGCAAAUAUGUUAAAGCUAUUGAAGAUAGAGGCAAUAUUCUUCGCUCAUCGACGUGAUCACAUCACUUAUAAAGUUGUCUGGGCUUUGACAUGGGCAAACCUCCUUUUUUUAUACCUACCUUCUUGUUUAUAUUCGCAUACGUUCCCCGAGCAAAAUCUCGAACCCGAACAUCGACGGCAGGUGUAUAAACACACUUUUAACCUUCACAGCUGCUGGCGCGAUCAACUUGAUAUCCGACUUGGCUAUCCUUGCUCUUCCCAUUGUUAUCAUCUGGAGACUAAAAACAAUAUUUCAGACUAAGAUUGGAGUUACUGCAAUAUUUGCAGUUGGUAUCUUGUCAAAUAUCUAUGGCUUCUACUUGAGUUAUGAAAUGGAAUUACUAAUAAGAGAGAUACUUGCGCUCAUCGCGACGAUUUUGCGCUUUUAUUAUAGCGUCCAGUUAAUCCAUACCGAGGAUAUUUCGUUUGCAAUUGAGUAUGUUGCUAUCUGGGCGUGAGUCCUCUUAUAUUUCUAGAAGGCUCACUGAACGAUGCUGAGAUAUUUCUAACAGCUUUUCUUUUGAAUUUACUGCCAGCUUCCUUGUUGCCUGCUUUCUAGUAUUCCUACGCCUAUUCGCUAUUGAUACCCCUAUUAUGAUUCCUAUUCACGUAACAGCAAGGAGAUUCGCAGACGACUGACUAUCAUGUGGCAAAUUACCU